UCGCACGUCAAAAGUUUUCAAACCACAAAAUUUUUGCUCGGAUGGCCGUGAUUUUUCGCUUCUUGGUGUGAAAAAUUGUUAAAUUUGUACAUUUUCUAGUCUCAAAAUGCAAUGAUUUAGUGCUUAAUUCUGAUCCAGGCUGUGCCGUGCAUCGAGCAACGUUCGAGGACUAGUGAAACCCGCUGGUGGGCAUCACGAACCCAUAAAUUACGGGGACCAAAGCUGAUUUACAACUUUAUUGGCCACAACACGAAACCACAAACGCAACGCAAAUUUGCCACAACACAAAACCAACCAUGACUGACUUUUGCGACGAUCUGGAGAACUGGAUGGGCAAGAUGCCGGCGGAGCUGAAGGCGGUGCCCAUUAUCAACCUGGCGAUUCCGGGCUCGCACGACACCAUGUCGUACGGGAUCAAAAGCAAGGCGCCGGUCGCCCCGGAUGCCGAUCCGGUCGUGGGCACGCUCAACAAGUACAUUCCGUGCGUGGUGAAGCGAUGGGCUGUCACGCAGCGGUACGACAUUGUGGACCAGCUCAAGUGUGGCGUGAGAUAUUUCGAUUUGAGGAUCUGCAUGAAGCGGCCGGAAAACAAGUUCUACUUUGUGCACGGCCUGUUUUGCGAGGAAAUUGCCGAACCGCUGGACCAGUUGAAGGACUUUCUGCGGACGCACCCGCGCGAGUUUGUGGUGCUCGACUGUCAGCACUUUUAUCUGUUCAAUCCGACGGACCACUGCGUGCUGUCGGCCGAGCUGAACCGGAUCUUCGACAAGAAAAUCUACUCCCGGGACAUUAACCAGCUUAAGGACUGCACGCUGGAAUCGGCCACCCGAAACGGCAAACAAAUCCUGAUCGUGUAUCGGAGCGAUGCCUGCGUGAACGACCGGUUCUGGCUGAGCCAGGACUGGCCGACGCCGUGGCCAAACGAGGUAAGUGUGAAAAAGUUGCGCCAAUAUCUGGAGGAAACGCUAACGCAGCGUAGUCCCGAGGCGGGCCACGUUUCGCAGUGCGUGCUGACGCCGAGCGUGCGAUUUAUCGUGCCACGGUUUAUGUCCUCCCUGAGGGCGACCUGUGCCAAAGAGGUGGACCGAAAGUUGAUGGACUGGAUCCGGCAGCAGGUUCCGGGGCCGUUUGGUCCCGACGAGAAACCCAAGUCGAACGUAUUCUUAGCCGACUUUGUCGAUAUUCAGGACAGCAAUUUUUGCCGAGUCGUUGUGGAGUUGAACAAGAAAAUACUCGACCAAGGCUCAACCAGUGCCCAGAGUUCGCCCUCCCGGAAGAGCGUCGAUUAAGUACGGGGCGGGAUCGUUGCUGGAUGACGUGCCAUUUGUGGGAGUAAAGCUAAAGUGAGACAAUCGAGAGAAUGCAACGUCAUUUGAGGGUGAUCCAUGGUAUUGUUACGGUUUCCUGUAGAGAAUGUGGGUAAUAUUCGAACCAAAUCUUACAAAGAAAAAAAUAAUGUUACACUGAACUGAAAACAAUCUUAGCUAGGUCUUCACUUUCCACUUAACCGCAGAACUAGAACUAACAGAAGCGAGGGAGAAAGAGGUUUAUACAUUACCUUUGAUGUGAGUGUCUCUGUGAUGGUAGAAUCAUCGCUCUAUCGAAUAGUUAUUGGCGUUUGUACAACAUUUAUACACACAUAUUUUACACAUACCUACGGUAGAACUCUGUAUACAAAAACAAAUAGUGCGCUAGCAUUAAACUUUAUCUGAAUAGUACUUAAGCGUUCAUCGGCCAGCCAAAAGCUCACUUGUCCUUUGUUGCUGUAAAGCUAGAAUCAAAAAUCCACCGAAACAAUCGAGGGGGAGCAAUUACCGCUGCCGGUUGGACAUUCUUGAUGGGAUCUCAAACGACAUCUAAUAUAUCUCUAGUUCUAUUUACACAACAGGUUGAAGAAAAAAGACGCUUCCAAACUUCAUUCCAUCUAGACAAAAGUUGGAACUCUUAAGUAGGUGACAAAUCUUGCAAUAUGACAUUCUCUUUACGAACUCAUCACAGCCUAGUCUUUUAGCAAAUAUCUUUAUUCGAAUUAGUUCCCACAGACAACAUAUUGCACACGACGUUAGUUAAAGUUUUGCUCGCACGCGCAAUUUAGUAGAUUAAAAAUUCGUACUGGUUCCCUGGUGGCACAUACGCAGACACAUACAUACAUUCACAUAUAUAACAACACAUGUUUGGUCGUACCGUUUUUAAAGUGAUAUUGAGAUUUUAAAGUGUUGAUCAUUGAGGGCAAAAUAAUAUAUAUAAAUAUAAAUGGAAGUCUUUUUUAUAGAAAUAAACAAAACAAAAAUCACGUACAUAAAUGAAAAGCACACAAUCAGAUGCAAUCAGACUGCUCCUUAGACAUUGUUUAGACCAUAGAACAGAUAUAUAGUAAGAGUAUUGAAGAAAAGACAAAACAAAAUUCAAAAAAGUUCUCUUGUCGUACAAAUGAUACAUUUGUGAUCAAGUUUGGUGUUGAAUUAAUGUGAUUUGUAAACAAUUGACAGUUGAGUAACAUGCAACAAUGCUGCACACUACCCAUCACGUAUCAUCA